GACAAAUUACUGGGUGAGCAGUUUGAACUGGACUGGAGACGGGAGUGCGCUCUUGUGCGCGUUUUCCUGGAAUGAAAAAUGAAGACACUGCUGAAGACCGGACAAAGAAACUCAGCACGGCAUAAACAGAUGCUUAGAAAUGCAAGUCACACACUGUACUAUACAAUGCGGAGGCACUGGCACUUCAUCACACUGUCUGCGUGGGAUUGAUUUAAACAAAGAGGGGUAGAGUAAAGCAGGGGGAGCACGUGUAACAUGUUGCAGAGAAUGUAUAUACAGAAAAACGUGUAGUAGAGAAUGCAUAUACAGAAAAACGUGUAGCAGAGAAUGUAUAUACAGAAAAACGUGUAGCAGAGAAUGUAUAUACAGAAAAACGCGUAGCAGAGAAUGCAUAUACAGAAAAACGUGUAGCAGAGAAUGUAUAUACAGAAAAACGUGUAGCAGAGAAUGUAUAUACAGAAAAACUGUAGCAGGGAAUGUAUAUACAGCCUACUCUUCUGCUCAGUUUCAUAUCGUUGCAUUUCUGUUUUUAACCAACAUGUGGAAAGAGGAACAGAGGUCAGAUGGGUGGUGCUCGUUGUUUCUUUUAAGAAAACAUCAUCACAAUUUCAUCAACACUUCCUCAGCUAGCGUGUCUCGCUAUUCGGUAGAUCAACAGUGGGACAUUUGGUCUGCACUCUGGCCUCUGCUUGGUUGAUUAUUUUAUUAUAGAAAAAAAAAAAAAAAAAAAAAAAACAGAUGUUUUACAAUUUUCUUUUUCUUUGCCCGACAGAAGAAGUGAAGACGAAGAAAAAAAAAAUCCUCUGAUCUUUUGACUGGACGAUUUACACACUGGGGAAAAGGGGGACUUCCAUAUUUGGAAGAGAAGCUCCUUAUCAUACAAGGGCCAUCAGCCUACAGGAAAGGAGGAGUAUCGCUCAAAAUAUGUAUGACAGCGCAAGUGGCUCCGAACCGGCAGAUGCAAUCGGUAGAAGCGGUGUUUUAGAUUCUCUUCAGGAAAGGUCGGCAUUGCUGAAGGAGGGGGCGGAUCCAGAAUGCGGUUUACUAAAUAUGAGAGACUCCUGCGUCCCAGUGAAAGGCACGUCUGGAGACUUCAGCCUAAGCCAGCAGCCUUCGCCCAGGUUCAGCACUAGACCGCUGCCUGCUCCCUCGCGUAGAGAGAAGUUACAGAGGCAGUCCAAAGUGAAGGAGACAGAUGGAGGUGGCAGCGGUGCAACCGGCCGGUGCAUCUCACAGAAACUACCGUGCGAAGCGGCAGACAAAUACACCCUGACGCCAGCGAUGAGGAAAAAAUAUUUAAAAGAGCUCUUUUUGAACAACGGUUUGCACAGUGGGUUGGGGAGCAUACUGCAGUCGUCUAAGAGCUGCAGCGUGAAAGGGGACCCUGACAACGAUCCGGACCUCGAUUCGACUAACGAGGAAAAUAACAACCGCGCGUUUCUGGCCCUGGAUCCCGUGGAGCACGCCUGGAUGCUGUCUGUAGUCGAUGGGAAUUACGAUACCAUCGUCGAGUUUUUAUCCGAGGACCCCAGUUUGCUGACUAAACGGGAUUUUGUGACAGGAUUUACAGUUAUCCACUGGUUGGCCAAACACGGGAAGCACGAAACAUUGAUACACCUGAUGAGGUUUGCAGAAAGCAAGGACUUCCCUGUGAAUAUUAACCUGAGAGCCAGCGGGGGUCUCACCCCGCUGCAUGUCGCCACAAUGCACGGGCAGGACAUGAUGGUUAAAAUCCUUGUGGGGGCAUACAACGCCGAUGUUGAUGCCAGGGAUUACAAUGGAAAGAAAGCCUGGCAGUAUCUGAAAAGAAACGCGCCCGCCGAAUUAAGAGAGCUCACUGGGGCAAUGGUUGAAGAGACUGGGAGCAUUGGGUACCACAAUGUGAAUAACAACGGGACAGGCGGAGCGCACUAUUGCGUCUCUGAAACUACCGGAGACAAGCUAGAUAUUUCAGUCAAGAAAAGCGAGACCACCCGGUUCAGCUCUUUCCAGCUGCGCUGCCUAUCUUUCUUUUCGUUCCGAAACACAGGCCCAAUAAAUUAUGUGGGGUCCGCUGACUGAAGCACGG